CAAAAAUAACAUUCGAGCAAGAAACUCGGGUACUCAACUUCGUCGCUGCCACACUGGGUGCUUGGAUUUGAGAAUCAACUGAUUCCCCAAGCCGCAAGGUCAGGUAUGGAAACCGAGGGGAAUUCGAUGAAGAGACAAAGGGCAAGUGAAAGAGAUAGAGAAGAGGAGAGGGACAGGCUCAGUGACUUGCCUGACUGUGUUCUGCUCCAUAUAUUGAAUUUCAUUAACUCAAAACAAGCUGUUCAAACUUGUGUCUUGUCUAAACGGUGGAAGCACCUUUGGAAGCGUCUCACUAAUCUUAAAAUCCAUUCCUCGGACUUUAGGACACUUGACAUUUUUAGAAAAUUUGUGUCUCUGGUUCUGUCUAGUCGAGAUGGCUCCAUUUCCCUACAUAGUCUUGAUUUCAUGCGUCAUGGUUACUCUUUUCCUACAAUCUUGAAUAAGGUCAUUACAUAUGCUGUGUUGAACAAUGUCCAGCAGUUGACACUUGAUGUAUGGGACAAAGUUGAUGUAAGUGACAUUUUAGUGCCUAUCAUUGUUUCUUGUCCGUCUUUGACAUUUCUGAAGAUUGCCUUGAGGUGUGACCUUUACACACAUAGGCUUCCAAAUUCUCUGCCGUUUCCUUCAUUAAAAAGCUUGUAUCUUGAGAAUGUUGGUUUUACUGCAAGCGACAAUAACUGUGCUGAUCCUUUUUCAACCUGUCUGAUGCUGAAUACUUUGGUAAUUAAAGAUUGUACUUUGCAUCGUGAUAUAAAAGUCUUCUCCAUAUCUAAUUCUAAGCUUUCGAGUUUGACCAUAUGCAAUGAGCUUAGUGGACCAGCUCAUAAAUUGGUGCUUUCUGUUCCAAAUCUCAGUUCUCUUGCUAUCCUGCAUGCUCCUAUUCACCAAAUAUUCUACGCAUGCAAUCUUUCUUUAAUCAAAGAAAUAAAUAUCGAUGCCGUUUUUCCUCGGAAGAAAGAUUCAGUCAUAAUAAGCUGGCUACAAGUGCUCGCAAAUGUAAAAAUAAUGACACUCUCUUCAAGUAUCCUUUAUAUAAUACAAAUUGUUCUCUCAAAUCCUGUUUCAAUGAGAACUCAACCCCCUUGCUUUGUUAGAUUGGAGUCAUUGAAAGUGAAAAUGUAUUCAUCUGCAUGUCUAUGUUAUCAGCAAGUCAGCAGGGCAGUGACGUACUUACUUCAGAACUCUCCACUGGCCAGAGUUGAUAUUAUAAAUUGCUGAGAGUGAUAUCCAUUCUUAACUCUUUAAGGUAGAGAUUUUUACAAAUUAUUCAGAUUUUGCUCCCUCUCUACCUAUAUCGUGAGUACCUUGUUUAUACUACUUGUUACAUUUUUUUUGUUUGGUAUUUUACAGAAGAAAAAUUUUAAAAGCAAGAAACUAUUAACUGUCGAGAAAAAUGUUUUAAAAACAUACAAAUUUUUUACUCUUUUGGUGAUGUAGAAUGAUGGUGACUAAAAUCUUGCUGACGACUGAAUUGAUGCUGCAUCAGUAAACCAAUUUUCAUUUUGUGUGCUUUUUUAGUUUACAACUAAAUGACAAAUGUUUUUAAGUUGUAUUCAGUUUGAAUUGUCUUUGAAAACUUUAUAUAAUUUUUACUAUAAUCUAUAUUUUUUAAACGCAUUUUCAGUAAUUUCAAAAUUGAAAAGAUCUUAAGGAAAUUGUUGGAAUAUUAGAGUGUGCUAGUGUUAUAUAUUUUAUCAUCAUUGUUAAAUUUUAAUUCAUGAAAGUCAACAAAUCCUUAUAGAAUGAUAUUUAGCCAUUAUUAUGUUUGAUUUCACAUCUAAAAUAUCCUUUCUUUAGUUUCAUGUCAGAUCUUUAUAUUUUGAAAAGCAUUUUUUAUAAUUUCAAAAUUGAAAAGAACUUAAGGAAAUUGUUGGGGUAUUAGAGUUGUGAUGGAUAUUAAAAUUCUUAUACUUUCAUGAAAUGUUCAUUUUGAUUUAUUAAGAAUCUGGUAGUAAAGUUGAAGCACAUCUAGUGGGGUAGGCUUGGUUGUUGUUUGCUGUUAUUGGUAAUACAAUAGAUUGAAUUAGGCCCUGACCAGUGGCAAGUGGGUGAGUUUUAUAUUAAAUUUGUAGGGUCAUUGAAGAAAUUUGUAGCCUUUAUUUUUAAGUUGAUUUUAACUGAAGUUUUAAUUUGUUCUUUUAAAACCCCUUUAUGGUAUUGGAAAGGUUUACAUUGUAUUAUUUGUUUACUUUAACAAACCAUCAAAUUUCAAAUGUGUAACAGAAAACAAUCUUACAAUCUUGGCUAUGCUUUCUGCUUCUUGGUUGUAUGAGUAUUCCUGCUCUCUUUUGGGCCUUGUUGGAUAGGAAUAUCUCAUUAUUUUGUCUAAAAGAAUCAAGUUAUGAACUCUAUUUUUGUCUUAUCAUUACUCUUUUAGCUUUUUGUUUUAAUCAAUAUGUUUGUCAGUAGUAGCUUCUCUUCGUAAAUGUCUUGUCAUGUUGUUUGUGACAGAGGCUGUAUAUAUUAUCGUAUUGCUUAUGCAAUGUAGUGUAGAUAUCUAUUAUCAGGGUUACAUACUCUGCUUGCAUACUUCAGCAGGGAAUUUGUAAAGAAUUUUAAAAGUGGAUGCUACGCCGUGUUUUUCUUUUUCCUUUUCCAAGGUUAGAAAUUCGACUCCUCCAAACAGUUAAUUGUUUGUUUGGGUGCGGCUUAAUUCAUAGAAAAGGUUAACUGAAUCUCAUUUUGUAAGUUUUAUCUUCCUCCUUGAUUGCAUUUCGUUGCUGAUUGCAAUAUAUUUGACAUAUUUGGAAUAACUAUAA